AUGGAGGGAAAUGUACAGCAACAGAAAGCGACCCCUCUAUCUCGGGAGCUGACGAGGAUAUUCAACAGCUACAACAAGCACUCCAUCCAGCUGAAGAAGAACCUGAAGGAGACCAACUCUUUCUUCCGGGAAAUCAGACAAAACUACAGCAAUGCCUGUGCAUCCACCAUGAGCUCGGAUUCAGCUUCUCUGGAGGCAGGCCAGUUUAGCUGCAUCUCCUUCCCGAGCCAUGAGGAAGAGUUUUUACGCAACACAGUCGGUGCUACCCCGUACAUCCUGGUACUGGGCCAGGAUUGUGCUGCCCGCUACCAGCUGCUCAAUUGCCUUCUGGGGGAAAGGCUGCUACCGCUGGGCCCUGAGGCCGGUGAGGCUUGUGAAGGAGUCCAGGGCACUGUCUGCAAGAGGCGAAAGUUGUGUUUCACGCAUGGGAGACAGACACGGCUCAGCUUGGCUCUGCCCGGCCAGUAUGAACUGGUGCACCAGUUGGCAGCUAACUGUGGCCGCUGGGAUACAGUUCCAAGGGAGGACCUGGAGAUCCAUGAGGAGUGUGAGGACCCAGCACACAGGCUGGCAGAGCUAGAGAUCACCCUGCAUCACCCGCUGCUACAGGAAGCAAAGGUCAUGGUGGUGCCUUGUCCAAGUGUCCAGCCCAUUGAGGAGGCCCUGGAAGACUGCACUCGCAGCGUGAUCCCCAUCAUACUCUACGCCAUCAACCAGGACUCUCUUUCCACAGAGCAGGUGGCAGAGCUCUGGAAGGUCAAAGAGCUGCUCUUCUUUCCCAUCUGUUUUAUUCGUAUCCCUCACACCAUUCCAGUAGCCUCCCCAGAACCUGGCCGCCAUACAGAGAAGGAGAAAGAGAGAGAGAAGAGCGCCCUCCACAAGCAGCUGCUGUCCCUUGGGUUCCUCAGUAGUCCGUCAGGAAACUGCACCUGUGGUGCCCCUACACAGGUGUCCACCCCAGGCUCCAAGCCCCAGAGCACGCUGGGCGAGGCUUUUGAAAGACUGCAUCGGUUGCUGGUGCCAUUCACUCGCCAAGUGCUUCAAAACCAGCAGGUGGAGGCUGCCAGUCUGCUUAACGGGAUACAUUGUCGAUGUCUAGAUCUUUUCAUCAACCAGGCCUUUGACAUGCAGAGGGACCUGCAGAUAACACCACGCAGGCUGGAGUACACCCGUGAGAAAGAAGGUGAACUGUUCACCUCCCUUAUGGCCAUUGCUAACCGCAAACAGGAAGAGAUGAAGGAGAUGAUUGUGGAGACACUCGGCAGCAUGAAGGAGCAGUUACUGGAGGACGCUGCCAACCUGGAGUUUACAGACAUCAUUGUAACAACCAAUGGAGAGCCCGUUACGUCAAAGGAGAUCAAAUCUUGCAUCCACCAGAUCCAGGAGCUGAUAGUGGUCCGUUUGAAUCAGGCUGUGGCGAAUAAACUGACCAGCUCUGUGGAUUAUCUGAGGGAGAGCUUCGUAGGAACUCUGGAAAGAUGCCUCAACAGUCUUGAAAAGUCCACCAUUGACUCUUACGUCCACAAUAUCACCUCCAAUCACCUCAAACAGUUAUUAAAUGCUGCCUAUCAUGUGGAGGUCACAUUUCACUCAGGAUCCUCUGUCACACGACUCGUCUGGGAACAAAUCAAACAGAUAAUCCACAGGAUAACAUUCGUGAACCCUCCUGCCAUCACUCCAGAGUGGAAGCGAAAAGUGGCCCAGGACGCCAUAGAAAGCCUCAGUGCUGCCAAACUGGCCCGAAGCAUCUGCUCCCAGUUCAGGACUCGCCUCAACAGUUCCCAUGAGGCCUUUGCAGCAUCUCUGCGCCAGUUGGAGGAGGGUCAUACAGGGCGUCUGGAGCGUACUGAGGACCUGUGGCUGCGUGUGAGGAAGGACCACGCCCCUCGGUUGGCCCGCCUGUCUCUGGAAAGCCGCUCCCUACGUGAUGUUCUGCUGCACGGUAAGCCUAAGCUUGGGAGAGAGUUGGGUCGAGGCCAGUACGGAGUUGUGUACUUGUGUGACAGCUGGGGAGGACACUACCCAUGUGCCUUAAAGUCUGUGGUUCCACCUGAUGAUAAACACUGGAAUGACCUGGCUUUAGAGUUUCACUACACAAGGACUUUGCCAAAGCAUGAAAGGCUCGUCGACCUGCAUGGCUCAGUGAUCGAUCACACCUACGCAGGCGGCUCCAGCAUCGCUGUGCUGCUCAUCAUGGAGCGGCUGCACAGAGACCUCUACACAGGCCUGAAGGCGGGUUUAUCGAUGAAGGACAGACUUCAGAUUGCACUGGAUGUGGUGGAGGGGAUCCGCUUCCUGCACAGUCAAGGUCUCCUGCACAGAGACAUAAAGCUAAAAAAUGUUCUGCUGGAUAAACAAAAUCGUGCAAAGAUCACAGACCUUGGCUUCUGUAAACCAGAGGCCAUGAUGUCUGGGAGCAUCGUAGGGACCCCCAUCCACAUGGCUCCAGAGCUGUUUACAGGAAAGUAUGAUAACUCCGUCGACGUCUAUGCCUUCGGGAUCCUGUUCUGGUACCUCUGCACGGGUUCAGUAAAACUCCCAGAAGCCUUUGAGAAGUGUUCCAGCAAGGACCAGCUCUGGACUAAUGUUAAAAAAGGUGCCCGACCAGAGCGGCUGUCUAGUUUCGACGAGGAGUGCUGGCAGCUGAUGGAGGCCUGCUGGAACGGGGACCCCUCCCAGAGGCCACUGCUUGGUAUCGUGGAGCCCAGAUUGCAGAGCAUCAUGGUCCGACUCUGCAACUGCGGCUCGGAACAGAAGAGCAGCAGUCUGGAGGACUCAAACUGAAAACACUCAAGAAAAACUAAUGUGUGUGUGUGUGAUAAGGAUUUUGAUCAGAAAAAAAGUAUUUUUGUUGUAUUUAUGAAGACCUUAACAGAGAACUUCUGUUGUGCAGGUGACCGAUUACAAACACACUCCUUCUUCACGUUGUUGAAUUUACACUAUUUAUGAGGAAGUGGAACAAACCAGAAUUUUUCAGAUAUGUGUGUUUUAUUGUUUGUGCAGUGUGUAUUUGUAUACAAACUCUACACUAUGCUUUUGUCAUACCUUCCGUGCUAACUGCUACUUGGUCAUAGAAUUGUAACUAGAUGCAAAUUGUUUUAAACAGUAGUCAAGUCCCAGUAUUGUGAAAAAAAAUAUAAAUAUAUAAAAGAAUAGUUUUAGAUUGUAUUUAAACAUUUCUGC